UAUGACACUAAGCAGUCAUUGAUGGGCUGCGGACUUUUCGACAGAAGCGAGACUUCCUUAUAAAAAGAGACCACACCAGAAACAACACUUUCGAUUUAAAUCCCUCCGCUUUGGAAAACCUGCAGUCAUGGUGGAGCUUUUUGCUGGCCUGAAACUGAUGAAUAAAGCCGGGGAGUUGGUCGACUCCGAGGCGGCGCUCAGUAAUAAAAUAGUAGGACUUUAUUUUUCUGCGGAAUGGUGCCCUCCGUGCCGCGGCUUCACACCAGUUCUGAGUGAUUUUUACACGGAGCUCGUCCAAGAAAGUAACCCUCCGGCCCCGUUUGAGAUCGUGUUCAUCUCCUCAGAUCAGACCAAGGAGAGAAUGAUGGGAUACUUUCAGAAAAAGCACGGAGAUUGGCUCGUUUUGCCAUGGGACCCCGAAACGAAAAAGAAGUUCUCCCAGCGCUACAACAUCUCAGGAAUUCCCACAUUGGUGAUUGUGAAGGGGAAUGGUGACGUAAUCACAAAAGAUGGAAGGGCUGAUGUUCAAAGCAAAGGCCCUGCAUGCUUCAAGAUCUGGCAGAAAGCCUAAGAAAAAAGGAAGUCCAACUGGAUUUCAGUUUUGAUCUUUUUCUUUCUUAUUGUCUUGCUGGAUGAUGGGUUCUUUAAAAACAAUAAAACUUGUCUCUUGGUAAGAAGAUUCCUGUUUCUGUGAA